AUGGGAGGGUUAAAGAUCGUGAAAAGCAAGUGCAGGUCAAGACUAGAAAGGAAUGUGUGGCGUUACAGAAUUCACCCCAGAUGGUCGUUGGGUUGUAUCUGGAGGAGAAGACAAUGUUGUCAAGGUUGCCUUAACCAGUUGUGGUAUUGGAUCGCUGGAAAACUGUUGCAUGAGUUGAAGAGUCUGGAUUUUCAUCCCCAUGAAUAUCUGCUGGCAACAGGUUCAGCUGAUAAGACUGUAAAAUUCGGGGACCUUGAAACAUUUAAGCUUAUUGGUUCUGGUGGAGCCGAGGUACCAUUGCGAGGUGUAACGUUAUCAAAGCUCUCAUGUCCAAAGAUUGCUUGGAAAGGGAAGUGA